UUGGGACGAAGCGGAAGAGAGAAUCCGCGGCGGUGGUUCGUGUUCGCGGAACCAGUGCGCGCGCGUGGGAGGGUCGCAGAGAGUCGGUUUGUGUCCGGGACAGUGUUUACAUCCGACCCCCCGUCCGUAGAGGCGGAGGAGGGGCCCCGGCAUGGAGUCUCACUGCAGGGACGAGCCGAAGGGACCCGUGCUGCACAUCGUGGUGGUCGGAUUUCACCACAAAAAGGGCUGUCAGGUGGAAUUCUCGUACCCGCCGCUGAUGCCCGCCGAGGGUCACGACAGCCCCCUGCUGCCGGAGGAGUGGAGGUACCUCCCCUUCCUGGCGCUGCCCGACGGAGCGCACAACUUCCAGGAAGACACGGUGUUUUUUCAUCUGCCGCCGCUGAGUGAAGACAGGAAGUGCGUCUACGGGGUUUCCUGUUAUCGCCAAAUCGAAGCAAAGGCCCUGAAGGUGCGACAGGCCGACGUCACCAGGGAGACGGUGCAGAAGAGCGUCUGCGUCCUCAGUCGAGUGCCUCUCUACGGUUUGCUUCAGGCUAAACUGCAGCUCAUCACACACGCCUACUUCGAGGAGAAAGACUUCUCACAGAUCUCCAUUUUAAAGGAGCUGUACGACCACAUGAACGGCUCGCUGAGGGGCUCGGCCCUGGAGGGGUCUCAGGUGUAUCUCGGCUUAUCACCGAGGGAUCUAAUUCUGCACUUUGGACACAAGAUCCUCAUCCUCUUCAAGCUCAUUCUGCUGGAGAAGAAGGUGCUCUUCUAUGUGUCUCCUGUCAACAGACUGGUGGGGGCUCUGAUGACCGUCCUGUCGCUGUUUCCAGGUAUGGUCGAGCACGGCCUGGUGGACUCCUCCCACUACCGGCCCAAGAGCAGCGCCUCGGAGGACCCCACCCUGGUGGAGAGCGUCUCGGGAGCCGAGGCCUUCGUCUCCGUGUCCGCCACCGACAUCCCCGCCGCCGCCGGCGCCGCCGAGGGGAGCGACCGCCUCCUGAAGCCGCCGUCCCGCGGCUCCCCGGAGUCCUCGGAGAGCGACUGGGAGACCCUGGACCCCGGCGUGCUGGAGGAGGGUCCCAAAGAGGCGGGCGAGGGGAAGGAGGCGGAGCCGGCGGACGCCUUCGACCCGGAGCCGGGGACGCCCAUCACGGUGCAGCCGCAGCCCGCCGGCGGGCAGGGGGGGGUCGUCCAGGGUCUGGUGUCCGGUCUGGAGGAGGACCAGUACGGCCUGCCGCUGCCCAUCUUCACCAAGGGUUACCUGUGUCUGCCCUACAUGGCCCUGCAGCAGCAUCACCUCCUGUCCGACGUGGCGGUGCGCGGCUUCGUUGCCGGGGCGACCAACAUCCUCUUCCGCCAGCAGAGGCACCUCAGCGACGCCGUGGUGGAGGUGGAGGAAGCCGGAGUCCACAUCCAGGACCCGGAGCUCCGGAAGGCCGUGAGCCUGACCACGGCGGACCUGCGCUUCGCCGACUACCUGGUGAAGCACGUGACGGAGAACCGGGACGACGUGUUCCUGGACGGGACGGGCUGGGAGGGCGGAGACGAGUGGAUCAGAGCGCAGUUCACCCUCUACCUCCACUCGUUACUGUCCUCCGCCCUGCAGCAAGACAACGAGAGGCUGCUGGCCGACUACGGCGUUCCCUUCGUGACGGCCUGGAAGAUCACCCACAACUACCGGGUGUGGUUCGGCAACAAGCACCCCGCCAUGGCCGCCAUCACGCCGGGCCACCCCUUCCAGGGCCAGUACAGUGUUGCUGACGUGAAGCUCCGACUCUCACACUCGGUGCAGAACAGCGAGAGAGGGAAGAAGUUCGGCAACGCCAUGAUGACCACGAGUCGCAGCAUGGUGCAGACUGGAAAAGCCGUGGGUCAGUCCGUGGGCGGAGCGUUGACCAGCGCCAAGUCGGCCAUGUCCUCCUGGUUCUCCACGCUUGCGCCGCCAGUGGCGGUGACGGCCGCCGAGCCGCCGGAGCCGGCCGCCGAGGUCCAGCCCAUGAAUUGAAAACCCACCGGUCCCACCGAGACAUGAGACGAGAGAAGAGACAAAAAAAAGUCACAACGGUGAUUCAUCCUCAAACAGGAAAAUAACCGUACGGUCCACAUCCACCGUGAGGCUGCACCGGCGCUUUUGAUUAAAAAAACAACCAAAUAUGCUUUUUUUCCUGUGAGAAACUGAAAGUGAAAACAUUAUGUUGUGUUCAACUCUUUGCUGCGUAUUUCUAGAGUUCGUCGUACAGAAAACUAUUUUGCUGGCCUGUAAAUCACAGAUUGAGAAAUUUACGGUUGUGGCAAGAUUUGAAAGAAAGAAAGUAUGAGCUACAUUGAAGAUAUUUUUAAACUCAGCGAUGUGUGUAAUCACGCUGCGGUUGUUGUGGUAACGGCGUUAAAAAAAAGACUCAAUGAAAUACUUUUAUUACUUCUAUAACUAAAGUAGGGAGAAUUGUCUACAGAGAUGUAGAGCUACAAACUUUAUAAUUAGUUAGCUAAAAGCAUCUUAGCUAGCUAUAAAACGCUAACUAACUUUUAAGCUAAGCUUAAUUUAUUUUGUUUGACAUAAUGAGACACACAUUCACAUAAUGUCCAUGAUUUACUUCCUCAAUUAACAGAAGAAAAAAGAAGAGGAAAUUAAGAUAAAAGUACAUUGUCUGUCUUAGCAAGCUACCUCAUUUUGUUAGCCUUGACUUGCUGGAUUAAACACUUGUAGUAUCACCACAAAACACUGCCCACCAAAAUAAAAUAUCAGUAACAAACCACCAUCUCCCUGUUAAUGAUAUUUGAUAAUAUCCCAGAGGUCUAACUGGUCUUAUUAGAAAUCUGGAUAUACCACGUUAGCAUUUGCGCUUGGUUUAGUUAACGUUAGCCAGCAACGUCUCCACUUGGAUGUCCUACAUUGAUUUGGAAAACAAAACUGUUACCGUGAUAAAUAAUCCUUGUGAAUGUUUCUGUACUUGUAUCACAAACGUUCCCAUUAGCGAGGUAGCUAGCCUAAAAGGGUGGUGCCUAAUGUGUGUAGCUAUCUGUGCUUUUGGCUAAGCUAGUUAGCCAAAAAGUCUCAAUUAAGCUUCAUUCUUUAUCAACUGGUAAUACCCCACAUUUAGUACAAAUGCAACGUUUUAUAUUUCUAUUCACGCUUUAUUUGAAAUGUUUGGCCGAUGGUUCUAUUUUUUUGAUGCCUCAGUCAUUUUUACUUGUUCAAUAACCUUUUAGCUCUCUGUCAGUUUCUAGAUAAUCCAAAAUCUAAAAUAUAUUUUAAUCCCCUAAAUUCGGACACUCUGUGAAGCGCCAGUAUAGUAUUCCAGUAUUGUUCAACGUGUUUCCACAACUAACAUUACUACACAAACCAACGUAAUUACUAAACCUGAACGCAGUUACUGCAACGACCACAACGUUAUUACGCCAGUCCUCGCAUAGCCGGAUGAACGCGAUGAAAGCGCUCGCUUCAUGAUGAAGGAAGCCGUGUUCUACAGGCCUUUUUAUACGAUACGUUAGAACUAUAUUUAGUCUGAGAACAGUUUAAAGCAGGGUGACUCAUUUAUUUGUGAACAAACUCAUAGAUGUCCAUGUUUUGUCACAACGGCGCUGGAAAAAGUCCCUCCAUCUGCGUGCGUUUGCACAAAGAAGCCGUCGUAUUCUAUUUAUGUGAAUCUUUAUCUCGUAUCACUGUAAUUGUCGAGCUGUUUGCAGGAUCUUUUCCCUCCAGGCUUCAGUUAUUCACCAGUGGGAUUAAAAGCGAGUCCAGUGAGCAUGCUCCGUUCAGUCCAGUUUUACAGCUGUAAUGAGUGUCCUUCCGUCUUCAAAGCUCUUUUAAUGCAGUCUUUCUUUUUUUGUUUUGGGUUCCUCAUACUUAAAUAUCUUUUGCCAUUACAGGUAUUUUGGCUCAAGUUAAAAAAUACUAAAAAAAAUCUAUUGAAAGGUGCAUAUCCUUCAUCUUCUGGUAUAUUUUAAUUUUGUAUUUAAGAGGUAGGAAUGUAUUGUGAAAUAAAAUUCACGCAAUAUUUUCUUGACAGAUGCUUCUAGCGUAUAUGAGAGGAAGUGAUCCUAUAGUAUAUUGCUGUAUUAAAAAUAAACUGCAGACUUUUUGUCUGGGAUGACGGGA